CUUGCUAGCUGGCAGUGAAGGCUACUGCUCUGUUCUGUUCUGAUCUCUCUGCUCUGAUGGGGUUUCCCACCCACAGAGUCAGGGCUUGGGGUCCUGAGGGCACUGAGUGGUUCUGUCGCUGGGCAUUGCUCUACCAUACCAACAACCUACAACCUACCAAUGUAGCUGUGUCUGCUAAUGCACGCUAACCGAUGGCUAAGGAUCGAACCUCAACGAGAAGGCUAACUGGACAUCUCAUGGAUUGCUAACAAAUUACUUAUUGGAACCUAACCAGAACUGAACCAGAAGCUAUACGGACUUCUAGUCAGGCUCUAACUGGACUGCUAACGGAUCAGUAAGCAGCUUUCAGCCCCCUUCACUACUCUCCGCUCAACCAGGAACGGCUGACCUGGCAAGGGGACGAGAGGUAGAUAUGACAGCUGUAGUAGCAGUAUGUAUCCUCCUCUCCCUCCUCCUCCCUCCAUCCCUCUCCUGUCCUAAGGGGUGUGUCUGUGACGGCCGGACAAAAGUCGUUGACUGCCGAGGGCGGGGCUUAUAUGACAUCCCUCGCCAUCUCCAACCAGACACUCUAGAACUCCAUCUCCAAGACAACCGUAUCCGAGGGCUGGGUUCCAUGGCAUUCCGAGACACGCCCCUGCUGCGUGUUCUGGACCUAUCCAAUAACUCCAUCACGUCUGUGUCUCCCUCUACACUACUCGGUCUGAGAGGGCUACAACGUCUCAGUCUGGCCAAUAACGCCCUGAGAGAACUGGACAGAAGACUGCUAGGGCCCAUACGAUCUCUAUCACACCUAGACCUGUCACACAACAGUCUGACGGGUCUGCCUGGUGCUAUGGGGGAGAGCCUGAGGAACCUGUCCCAGCUAGGGCUAGCCCACAACAGGCUGCAGCGGCUGGACAAAUCCCUACUGGAGAACCUGGAGGGCGUGGGUCAGCUAAGCCUGAGAGGGAACCCCUGGAGGUGUGACUGCCAGGUCAUAGGCCUCAAACUGUGGUUGGAGACCUUCCUCUUCAGAGGUGGAGUGGUGGAUGAGGUAUCCUGCUCCCAACCAGAGGAGAUGAAGGAGAAAGAUCUCCAGAAGGUUCCCUACCAGCUCUUCCAUUCCUGCAUGACCACCAGCUACAACUACCUAUUCUCCAACAUACACCACCUGGAGUCUGAGAGGUCAACCAGGGGUCACACCCACGGCAACGGCAACCCGCACGGCCCCCUGGGAAUGGGGGAGGGGUAUGGAGGAGGAGGGAGUGGUCUCCCGGAGUGUGAGCCCAAGCAGAGACCUCGCCCGGUGAACCUGCGUCACGCCAUCGCCACGGUGAUCGUGACUGGCGUGGUGUGUGGCAUCGUGUUGAUGAUGAUGCUGGCUGCAGCGGUGUACGGCUGUGCCUACGCUGCCCUUAUGGCCAAGUACCAGCGGGAGCUGAAGAAGAGUGAGGAGACGAGUAAGGCCGAUCACGGCAGCGCAGACGAGAAGGAACCACUAGAGAACGCUAUCGCCUAAGAGAUGGGAUCGAGUGAACUGUGAACUUUAACCCACAAACACUUUGAACCUGGAACGUUGAACCCUGUACCUGAAACUACUGUCGUAGGUGUGUGUGUGUGUGUGUGUGUGUGUGUGUGUGCCCUGACUUAAAACUCUAAUCUUCAGCUUAAACUUUAACCUCUUGUCCCAUGCACUGAACUGGGACCUGACCCAAAACCUUUGUCACCCUACCCAUCAAUCGUACCUGGUCUACACCUCAAACAGAGGACAGGACAGUACAUAUCAAGCACAUAUCAACCACUGCUGGAAAAAGCCAUUGCCUGUGACAGGUUCUGUUGGUAUCAAUAAGUCACCUCAUAGUGAAAGUUCUAAUGUAAUUUCCCAACCCAACAUACCCCCAUGUUGUCCCAUCCAAAACUACUAAAUGCAAAUAAGGGAACUACUGACCAUAUCUACUGAGAGCUGAAAUCAGUACAAAGUUCACUUCAGAAAGGAAAGAAAGAAAGGAAAAAGAUAGAAAGGUCCUAAUUUAUCUCUCUGGAUGAUAACCAGUGAAGAGUGCUGUGGUGUGGAGCGGAGACUUGGUACAUCAGUUGCUGUGAAUAUAAACUGGGCAAGACACACAUCUCUAGAUCUCUGUGUCUGGGUUUUCCCAAAUAUAUCAAAACAUAUCAAUUCCAUUUCCUCUGAGGGUAUCAAAAAUGUAUUAAAAAUGUGUUCAUAAAUGUUUGUUUGUUGAUAAGUGUAAAAUGUUAUCUUCUGAAUUAGUGGUAGUUUGGAUUUUGUUUGGUUUUCUUUGUAAACUAUUGUUCGUAUCUUUUGAUACUGUCUAAUUUUGAAGUACAGAUUCUUAGUAGGCAGCUAUAAUGUGUGUGCUUUUGAAAAUUGUAUUUAACCUUUAUUUAACCAGGAAAAUACCAUUUUAGGUAAGAAACCUCUUUUGGGAGGGUGACCUUCCAAGAGGUUUGUGUGUGUGUGUGCAUGUGUGUGCGUGUGUGUGUGUGUGUGUGUGUGUGUGUGUGUCUGUGUGUGUGUAUGUGUGUGUGUGUGUGUGUGUGCGUGCUGAAGGAGAAAAUAUGCAUAUUUUCCCUAAUGUAUGGAAGAUGGUUGAUUCUACAAGCAAUAAUGAAACAAAACUAA